AAACAGAACCAAUGCGAGCCAUGCAGCCUCCCAACUCACCAUUAAUUCAUUGUUCCAAUAAUCGUAGCGGUCUCCCGUUUCGUUCAUCUUUGAACGAACACCACCACUCAGGCGAUACACUUCACUCGCACACAACUACACCCUCAACACUCGACUCUCCACCCCCUCCACCCCCUCUUGCCGCUUGGCGUACUCUCUGGUGAUCGUGGUGUGCUCUCUUUGGCUGGGUGGAAGGAUGCACGCGCGGGCGAAGAGCGCAUGCCGCAAACGACAAAGAACCGCGUCGCCUGAACUCGUCCAAAGCGCCGACCACGACGACGGCGAGUCUUUGUCGUCGUCCAUAGUUGCCACAGGGUGCGGCGAGUGCUCGGGCGCCCGCAAGCUGCUGCGCCCUUUGUCGUUUCCAGCUCGGCCGUUCGGAUCACACAUGCUGCCGCCACGCCCGCAUAAGAUGCGCAAGCCGCUCGCUGACCUCCCGCGUGCCGCAGGCCCACACAGCCCAGGUCAAGAUACAGGCGGGCGCAAGCGCGGCCGAUCGCAGCUGGACGACAGUUUGAGCUUGCACUCGGACGAUGAGGCCGAGAUGGUGGUCUGGCGCGCAAAGCCGUCGGACUCGAGCCCAAGCGCUCUCCCGCUCGCCGCGCCCGACGACAUGGAUCUUGUGCGUCCAGCCAAGCGCCAUGCUCCGCUGAGGGGCAUGGAUCUUGCGCCGCCGCUCUCAUCUUCGCUCCGCGGUGCCGUCCCGCCGCGGCCGUCACUCUCGCCGGUCCCACCGCCGACCCAGCAGGUCUACUCGGGCGUCAAUGCGCUCCUCCACCAGCUCCAUGCCGAGCGGACCGAGCGCGGCCUCUGCGCUGCCAAGGUCCGCCUGCUCACGAGCUCGUCGACCACUCCGCGCGCUCCGCGCCUCUCACUCCUCUCGACACCGGCCGCCGCCGCCGCCGCCGCCUCACGCCCGCUGCGCCCUUCUGAGCCCCGCCGCCACACGUGGGACGAUCUUGGGCCGGGCGUCCGUCUUGCCGACACAGAGCCGUAGGCCUGUCCCCUACAGCCUGCAUCCGACAACACCACCAAUGCCGUCGUCGACGAGC